ACUUGAACGCGUUCAAUAAUACUUCAAAUGUCAUUCGAUUAAGAUUCCAAACAUUUCGAACCAAAUUUUAGGUAGAAUCAUGGAUGAAAACUUCAUUUCAUUAGCACCAAACAGCGAAAAUACCAAACGGAAGUUCUGGUCAUUGCGCUUGCGUAAAACUGUGAUUGACGACAAAGAUGAGGAAACUAAAUUUAUAGAGGAAAAUAACACAAGUAAAUGGAAGAAUCGAAUGAGAGUAGGAAAGACUACAAUGAAGAAUAGAAAACAAAGUCGAUUGUCAAUUUGGAAAAGUUGGUUUCUUGCGUUACUCAAGUCCAAAUCAAACAUAAAGAGAAAUAGUUUUGAAGAAUUGAAAGCUUCAGAAUUGGUUGAUUUAAACUGUAUACCUUCAUACACGAAAUUUUGCGAAUCUUUUGAUCUUGAUACUGACUCCAUUUUGAAAUCGUUUCAAAAUGCUUCGCCAGUGUCAAACAAGGAAGAAUCAUCUAAUGACUUGGGAAUGGCUAUUACUCUUCCUGGAGGUGUUAAAGGGAAGGAUAUCAAGGUUGAUGUGGAGCUGAAAGUUUCGCCAAAAGACCACAAUACAAAUCAAUCUGAAAACAAUUUUACAAAAGGAUUGCACUUGAUACAAAGCGACCAAAAAGAAACUAUUUAUUCUGGAACAGUUAAAGUCCCUUCUGGAACAAAUAUCCUUCAAGUUUCCCAGAUGCCGUUAUAUCUCCUCAAUGGAGAUGCUACUAGAUCAGAACAAAGAGUGGAAACUAUUAUUAAACCCGUCAAUAAUGUUUUGCCGGAAGAUUACGAUAACGCUUUAUUGAUUGACGAAAUCAACCUUCGACUUUGUAUUGAAUCUAAUAUAAUCUUUGAUCAAACAGAACUCAGUCAUGAGUUUGUAACAAAUGUUAUACCUAUGGUUGAACGUGAUGAUGAAGAUAAAGCAUCAAUUGUUGCAACAUCAGAAAUAUCCUUUGAUUUUGACAACAAUUCUCGAAUCUCUUUAGAUACUAAAGAUAUGAUUGAGCAAAUCACUGGAGAAAUGGAUCCAUCAUAUGAUGAAACGUCAAAGACUCUAGUUAAGGAGAUCUUAAAUCAAGUUGUAAGCAGAAUCAGUUUUAAAUCUUCAACAGAUUUGAUUGAGGAUUUCCACAAAGAGUUAGAAGUUCAGAAAAUUAUAUUACUGGAAACUGCUUCAUCAAUUUUACCAAAAACUGAUAGUCUGUUAUCGAAAAUUAGUGAAACUGAACAGGAGGAUGCGUCGUGUUCAUCAACUUCAUCAAAAAAUAUAGCUCCUGAUAUAGCACAGUCGAGUGACUUAAGUUUAUCCAAUUAUACAUCCCGAUCGGAAUUAAAAUUACAUAUGAAAGUACCAUCAAACACACCUGAUGCUUUUAAAGCAUCUUUAAAGUACGCGGAAGAAGAACAAUUAAAAUUGACACAGAAAAUGUUAAAAGAAGAUGUUAAAGCUGACAUUGACAAAACUCUGCAGUUGUUAGAAACUGCCAAAAACAAACUAUUAACUUAUUUGAACCAGGGACAAACACCAAUUGACAAUGCAGCAAAAAUUAAUAAUGAUAAAAUAACAAUUGAUCCGUUUAAAAGUUUAGAAAACAAAGAGCUUUUUCCUGUCCCCCCUAAAUUACCAGAAACGCCGAAAAAGGAAGUAGAUUUUAAGUAUGAAGAUGUAUUUGCAUAUAAUAAAAAGAAAACAAAAGAUUUUUCAGACAAUAAAAAACCAAAACCUGAAGAAACGGCAAUUGUAGAAAUAGGUCCAAGAAACAAUCCAAUUCACGAACUUAAACACAUGUUCCUAGACGAAUUCAAGAAGCAAGUUGACUUUGUACCAACUGUAACUGAUGAUGAAGUUUUUGAUUUGGAAAAUUUGGCGCAUGCAAAUGUUUUCGUUGAUAACAAAAAAAUCAAAACAAUGAUCGACCGGUAUCUCACCCCAGAACAAAUCAAAGACCUUAAAGAAGAUGAAAUGAUUUCCCACAAUACAGAUAUCUUCGAGAAACGUUAUUCCUCUUCAUCUGAAUCUGCUAAACCGUCCAAAAUUACCCAAGAGAGACUCAGAGAUGAUAUUGAUAUAAUCGUACGGGAGUUAUUAGAACACAGCGCCGCAUUCCAGGAUUACGUCAAAGCCAAUGAACAAGGAGAUUCUACGAAUGACACCAUUGAAGAUGUCAAGUUUGUGUUGGAGAAACUUCUGCAACACGUGGUUGACGAGGUUUCUACGUCCGAAAAUGAUGCGCCUAAGACACCUCUAGAUUAUCAAGUAAAUCAUCUAGUAAAACCAGUUUAUUUUUGCCUCAUUGAUGAUUAUGUUGACGUUUUUCCAACAGUCGGACGCGCCGGCGACAGCGGGCCCCUCUCAUGGUUAACACAUCGCCUACGAAAGUGUGCGGUUACCGAGAAGAAGUCCACCAUCUCGGUACGACGAUGCUAUUCAAACGGACAGAGGAACUAUACCGGACCCUAUGCAAAAAAUACAGACAAUGAUGGCCUUUUGGAAAAAUUAAUUAAAGGAACUAAUUAUUUAACCGAGUUAUACAAAGAAAUCUACUCGAGACCUUUGAAUUGGAUGCAGUUGGGGAAGUACCAGUUGAAUCCUUUUGCGAUGGAUACUGCAAAAGAAUCAACAAUGCCACUACUUCGCAAAUCAAAAAAGAUUAUUACCUUUGAUGAUAAACCAGACGCACAAACUAGUACAACCAGAGACAGGGAGACUGUAGAAGAAAAGUUAAAAAUGGUUAUAAACCCAGGAAAGGAAAGAGAGGUUAUAAAAGCAUCAAAAAUGCAAAAGCAUUUUGACAGUUCCCAAUGUCAAGAUCUUUCAUUAUCCAUAUGGCCAUCAUGGAAACGUGAAUGGAUCAAAAAUUUUACAGCAGAACAUGCUUCCAAUGAAAGGGAGGGUUUGAAACAGUUGUCUGAUUUGGUUAAUAUUAAACAAACUUAUAACCACUUUUCGGGAAUUGAUUUAAACAAUAAUAAACCUGUGGAACACAAAUUGGGCAGAAUUAAUCUAAAGAAAAAUGUACGGAUUAAUCCUCUUACAGUAAAGAAAGAGUUUAAUAUGCAUCAUAACCUAAUGGAAAUAUCUCCUGAAAAAUUACCGAAAUGAUGAAAGUGAUGAUGAAAUAUCUGAGGAAAUUAUUGGUGCAACAAAAGUCCAUUUUACUAAUUCAGAUGAUGACGAACCGCAAAAGAAAGUGGAAAAGGUUGUUCCUGUGUAUCCAAUCGACGAUGCUAUUCCAGGUACCUCAAGAGAUAGUCAACCUAACCUAGUUUUAAUUCAUAGUGAAAAACAUUCACCCUGUGAGUCCGGAACACGCAUAGUUGACUUUGCUGAUCUUCCUUCUUCUGAAGAAAAAAUCUAUGAACCAGUAGCUGAUGUUCCAAGGAGGUUUGCAACAUCUUCAAUGGAACACGCCUAUAUGAAGAACCUAGCAGUGCUUCAGAAUAAAGUAGAUUGUUCGUCUUUAUCCAGCAUAUACUCAUCUUCUUCCUCAGAGGGUAGUUACCAAGUGUUACCCAAAAUAUAUCCACAAAAUGGUUUAAAUUAUAACACACCUUCAAUGGUGGCACAUUUCUCUGAUAUUUCAAAAGCAAAUCGUAUACCUAACUCAACCAGCACUAGUAUAGUAUCAUCAAGAUCCGCUGAUUCUCCACCGGAAACUGUAGAUUAUUACGCUGAUGUAGAUAACUAUACACAGAUUAUACCAGAAUUACGUCCUGAAUAUUUUUCAAAACCAGAUCUAAACCCUCCCGAUGAAGUGGCUCGAAUUGAAGAGAACGUUUUAAAGAAUGACCGGCUUAACCCGUUGAUUAGAAGUCUAUCUCUGCAGUAUUCUCAUCCUUCUAAUGCAUUAAGAAUGGGAAGGAUUAGUUCUUCGUUGGAAUCGUUAACUUCGACUACUUCACAUUCAUUAGUGUCAACCACAGAUGGAGAUUUUCGAGAAAGAUAAUAAAAAAUUAAAUAUUA